AUUGUUUCCUCAAGAGAGAAGAAAGUUGAAGAAACAGAGCUUGUUCAUGUCGAUGAACAUCUGAAAGUGAAGGAGGCCAUUGUCCCUGGUCCCCAUGGGCCGCACGCUGUGAUUCUAGGAGUAGAGGAUGAUGUUCAUGUUACUGAAGACAUCGCAAAGACCGAGAAAGUCGAACGAGGUUCGAGAUUGAGGGAAAAUCCUAAGGACCUUGAGGCAGGAGGAGCGGGUUCUGAUCAUCACCACCAGCUGAAACACAAGGCCUAGUCUUCCUGUCUAUUA